AUGAAAAAUCAUGAGUCCCGGCCCACUGGUUCCAGUCCGUUCCCUGAAGCAAACGUGACAUUUUAUGAACGAGGCCAAGGAUAUGGUAAAGGCCGUGGUCGUGGUCUUGAGAGUCAACACGGUCAAUAUACCCCUUACAAUCACCGUGGUAUUGACAUUAACAGGAAGCAGAGUAAACCCGAAUAUGGGGAUAUAGCCGAAAAGGCUAAACAGGGAAAGAGGCAAAUCGGAAUUUGUAAUCGGUGUGACAUUGAAGGCCAUUGGGCCAAUACCUGCAGAACAACCAAACUCCUAGCCGAUCUUUAUCAAGCCUCACUACAAAAUAAGGGGAAGGAGGUCGAGACUAAUCACGUUGAUAAUGAUGACGACCCCGAUGAUGAUCUUUUGGAUUACGACACAACGCAUCUUGAUAUAGCGGAUUUUGUCGUAGAUCCAACAAACCCCCAGUGA